GUCAUUCAUUCCGUUUGAACGCUUCACACCAAAUUCAUCGUAAAAUCAAUUUCACAUUUUCUUUUCAAACAAACGAACAAUUCUAGAGAGAGAGAGAGAGAGAGAAAGAAACAAGAAGAGAGAGGGGGAGACGACUCGUGGAGUGUUGAAGACGUUGAUGCGUGGAAGCAGGUGCCAGACAACAACAACAACAAUGUCCACAUCCCUCUGCAAUGCAACCCCCCCUCCCUUCUCACAUUUCCACUACUCCCUCUGUUUAUAUUUAAUAUGGCUCUAUCUCCCUUCUAUCAUUCCUGAAGAAUUUUGAUGAUACAUACAUACAUACAUACACCUUUUCUAUUCUAUUCUCACAGAUGGAGGUGGGUAAAUUGUUGUACAUCGUGGUGGAGGAUGAUGAUGCGAAUGAAGAAGAGUUAUGUUUUAGGUACACACGUCAUGUUCUUCAGAGCACCUUGCAGUUAAUGGGUUGUAAAGCACGUCACGCCUUCAAGAUUAGUCAGAGGGUUUUUGAAAUUAUGAGAACAGAAUGUUUAGGGGAUACUUUAGCAGCUAUGGGUGUGAUUAAAACCGGAAAAGAUUUCUUGAAAGUUCAUACUGGGAGUAAGGAAGGGGGAGGUAGCAACAACACUGUGUUAAAGGAUGAUGAUAAAUUAAGUAGCAUACCUUUUGAAUGUUACAAAAAACUCACAACCGUUAUCGUCAAAAGGAGACGAUUCGUAGAUGUUGUUUGUGAUGCUCUGGCUGAAUACAAGUAUGUUGGUCCUAAUCAGAGGGCUGAUUUGGUCUUGGCUUGCAGAAUCCGGGAAAGAAAAGAAUCCGUGACGGUGUUACUUUGUGGUACCAGUGGAUGUGGCAAAUCUACAUUGUCCGCUUUGCUGGCUAGCAGAUUAGGGAUCACAACGGUUGUAUCCACAGACUCCAUUCGGCACAUGAUGAGAAGUUUUGUUGAUGAAAAACAAAAUCCCCUGCUCUGGUCUUCUACGUACCAUGCGGGAGAACAUCUAGAUGUAGUGGCAGUUUCCGAAGCAAAAGCCAAAAGAAAAGCACAGAAAAACGGAAGUGUUUCACCUCAACCGCAAUUUAAGAGUGCCCCAUUUGAUACUUCAUCACCACUACCACACGAGGGUUUGACCACAGUUGACUUGAUUAGCCCUAAACAAAUGGCAAUCGAGGGCUUUAAGGCACAAAGUGAAAUGGUCAUCGAUAGCCUUGAUCGACUCAUCACCGCAUGGGAAGAAAGAAAAGAAUCGGUCGUUGUAGAGGGUGUUCACCUGAGCCUCAACUUUGUGAUGGGGUUAAUGAAAAAACAUCCAUCAAUCAUACCGUUCAUGUUAUACAUCACAAACGAGGACAAACACAUGGAAAGAUUUGCGGUUCGCGCAAAGUACAUGACUUUAGAUCCUGCAAAAAACAAAUACGUAAAAUACAUAAAAAACAUAAGAACAAUCCAAGACUACCUUUGUAACCAUGCUGACAAACAUCUAGUACCAAAAGUAAAUAAUACAAACGUCGAUAAAAGUGUUGCUGCUAUACACGCCACAGUUUUCAGCUGUUUAAGAAGACGCGAGGCUGGAGAGCAGCUUUAUGAUUCUACAACUAACACGGUCUCUGUAGUUAACGAAGAAUAUAGAAAUCAAUGUAUCGCUAAUUCCUUAAGCUCUAAGGGAAUGUUUCAACUGAUUCAAAGACAAGGUUCGUCAAGAAAUUUAAUGGCUCUGUUAAAUGAUGACGGGUCUGUCGCAAAAGUAUGGCCUGUGCAUUCUGUAGAUGCUGAUGGGAAACCGGUUAUCGGUCAUCCUGAUUACGGACCGUUGCAGAUUGGUAAGGCUGAACCGGUUAACUUGCAAUUCGGUAAUUUUGGAAUCAGCGCUUGGCCUACUGACCUUGGUUGCACUAGUCAGGCUAGUAGCGUCGAUGAGUCACGGGGUGAGCUUACCGAUAAUGGUAGUCGAUAUCCAUCAUGUUGUAGUUCACCUAAAGCCUCCGACGGACCUUCACCUUCUAAAGAGUUGAAGGAGGAACAGUCUGUGUAUGGAAGUGAUGAAGAGGGAGACGAUAACCUUGAAGCGGAUAGCGAUGAGGAUCUUAGCGAUGAUGGCAAAGAACAUAUGCUUGAAGAGAUGGAAGGUUCGGUGGACGAGGAGUCAACAAAAUCAGAUGAGGAGUAUGAUGAUCUUGCAAUGCAAGAUAUUCAAGAAAACGAUUACUUCACUGAGGAUGAAUUUGUCCAAAAGCAUAAUCUUAUUACCGCUACUCAACAUGAUACAGUUAUAACCAACUAUCAUGGCGACAAGUACAGUCAAAAUCUAGACCGGUUCCUGGGAGCUAAAAGUGAGCCAAGCUGGGAUUCGGUGCAGCCAAACCCGAGUAUCAUGAAGGAGAAAAGGGUUGUGUUGUCUGGAAGCUUAAAAGUGAACAGACGGUCUCACAGCAUUUCAUGUUUUGGCAGGGACGUCUCGCUGAGCGUGACCCCUGAUGACGGUUACUGUUACACUAUCUCGUGAGUCGUGAUCAUCAUCCUUAACUUUUGUUUUGUGGGUUGUCAUCUUUGUUAACUUUUAACUUAAGUUGUUACUCUGUGUGUGUGAAGUUGGAAGGGUUGUUAAACUAUCACUUCCACGUUGUAGAAAAGUUUGUUUAUCUAAGAUUCUGCCCUUACCAAGAUACAAAAUGUUUCUGCA